AUUUUGGGGUUUUUUUUUUUUUAGCCUUCAUAAGAUACUAGAAUUGAGCUUUAUUUUCCACAUAUCAGUUGUCUUAUAUCACACACCCACUCACAACUUUCCUACCCUGACCAAAUUCCAGUUACCAAACCUCAUGAAUCACAGCUUCUAUUUCACUGCCACAGAUGCUGUAAAAUGAUAGGCAAAUAUCUUAAAGCUAAUGGUGGCAGGUUUUGUCAUGAAUAAUGCAUAGGCAUAUAUUAUAAACUGAGUGAAAGUGGAUAUUUUACUCUUAUUUUCCUUUUAUUUUCAUUACCAUUACAGGUCCAGUAUGGAAUUUUUCCAGAUAACUUUACAUUCAAUUUACUGAUGGAUUAUUUCAUAAAGAACGAAAAUUACAAAGAUGCUUUAUCUGUGGUUUUUGAGAUCAUGAUGCAAGAAGCCUUUGAAGUACCUUCCACCCAGCUUCUGUCACUCCAUGUUUUAUACCAUUGCCUGGCCAAGAAGACAGACUGCAGCUUCUAUGUGGAUGAGAAGACUGGAGCACAGAGAUGUUACAUAAUAGCUGCCAGGCUCAUAAGGGACAAAGCCACCUUGGGAAGCCAGGCAGCCUGGGCCUGCAGUCUACCACAACUUCAGUACCUCAACUUCAAAUGUAACAUCAAAAAAUACUAGUUUGCAUAGGAACUGAAAAGGAUAUCUAACCCAGCUCAUGUUCAAAAGAAUUUAUGGUCUGUUUUGCUUUUCUAAAAUGAGGGUCA